CCUGCGUAGGAAUCUCGCUACCUUGGACGCGAAAACCACUUGCCGGGCUGCCCAAAGUCGCGGAGCCAGCCCCCCCUUGCCGCUGCGCUUGCUGCUGUCGCGACCAUAGUUGGUCGGCUGGCUGGCCUGGCCCCGGUGGUGUUGUUGCCUGGCUUCUUCUCGACUCUUCUUCCUUCUCCGUGCAGCGGCGGUGUUGUUGCACCCCGCACUCGUGAUUUUCUGUGUGGUGCGGUGUCGUGUCUCGAUGAUCGCUGAAAGAAAACGGCGCCGUCAUGUGACGUGACGACGAGGACGCCAGCAGACUGUGGGACGUGUCUGCCCGGUCGACGGAGCUCGCAUAUCUUGUGUUCCGUCGUGUUGUUGUGCGCGUGGUUCUAGUUCCUCGAGACUCGGCCGUGAAACUCCUUCGAAGAAGGCCGAGCAGAAAGUUGACGCGAAGAUACCUGGGAUAACAUUACUACGGAAAAAGUUUUCGUUCCUCCGUCCACCCCGGUGCUGCCACGGCUGUCUUGUUUAGAGAUUGGCCUUCUUUCUCCCAGUCUUCUGCCACAGCCACGCAGUGUUCCCAGAGGCUUCUUCGCUGCCACUGCUCGAUGAUGACGAGGCGGCGAAGGAUUCUGCUGAGCGGCCGACCGAGCGAGCUGGUUCCCUGCUUCGGCCUCCUGGCGCGGAGGCCCUCCAGGUCGUAGUACCACCACCCUCCUGGAAGGACCCCGGACCGAGUGCACCGUGCCGCCGGGUCCUGGAACUCAGGCGCAUCCCGAAGCUUUAUGAAGCGGAGCAGACGUAGUGAUAACGUGCCGCCUGUGUGACUCGGAAGGCGCGACGUCUGCUACGGGUACUGAUUGUAUACUGCCGAGAAGGAACAGUCAUCCGUGAGUGAAUCGCGGCCGUUUUAUUGUGCGCAAUUUAAAAGCGUACUACUGCUACACGACAGCCCGCAGAAGCAGGCUGUCAAAACAGUUCCUGUUGUGAGAAAGAAAAGACUGCUGCUCGCCGAAGGUGAUGUGGACGGUCGGCGACGUCCAGGCGCAAUGACCGUGAGGACUCAGCUCGUCGUGGUCUUUCUUCUAGUCAGUUUCGGACUCCUGGUGGCUGCUGGUCAGUCCAAAAAGAAUGGUCAGGUCAAGAAAGGGAAAAUCUGCAUCGGCACAAAUGGCCGAAUGUCGGUCCCAUCGAACCGAGAGCAUCACUACCAGAACCUCAGGGACCGCUACACAAAUUGUACAUACGUGGACGGGAACCUGGAGUUGACAUGGCUACAGAACAAGAGCCUGGACCUGAGCUUCCUUCGAGACAUCCGCGAGGUGACGGGCUACGUGCUCAUAUCGCACGUGGACGUGCAGCGCAUCCUGCUGCCGAGCCUGAUGAUCGUCCGGGGCCGCAGCCUGUUCAAGCUGAACGUGCACGACGAGGAGUUCGCGCUCAUCGUGACGCUCUCGAAGAUGGAGAACCUCGAGCUGCCGGCGCUGCGCGACAUCCUGCGCGGCAACGUGGGCUUCUUCAACAACUACAACCUCUGCCACGUGCGCCACAUCCAGUGGGACGAGAUCCUGUCCGGCCCGCCGGCGCACAUGGUCUACGUGUACAACUUCACGCAGCCCGAGCGGAGCUGCCCGCCGUGCGACGCGUCGUGCCGCGGCGGCCACUGCUGGGGCGAAGGGCCGCACAACUGCCAGAAGUUCUCCAAGGUGAACUGCUCGCCGCAGUGCCACCAGGGCCGCUGCUUCGGGCCGGAGCCGCGCGAGUGCUGCCACCUGUUCUGCGCCGGCGGCUGCGUGGGGCCCAAGCAGAGCGACUGCCUGGCCUGCCAGAACUUCUACGACGACGGCGUGUGCAAGCAGGAGUGCCCGCCCAUGAUGCGCUACAACCCGAACACUUACUCGUGGGACUACAACCCGGACGGCAAGUUCGCCUACGGCGCCACCUGCGUCAAGGACUGUCCCGAGCACCUGCUGCGCGACAACGGCGCCUGCGUGCGCAACUGCCCGCCCAACAAGAAGGCGCAGCAGGGCGAGUGCGUGCCCUGCGACGGACCUUGUCCAAAGAAUUGCCAAGGGGUAAGCGUCGUCAACUCAAUCAACAUCGAGGACUUCCGAGGCUGCACUAUAAUCGAAGGUUCCCUUACCAUCCUGGACUCCACAUUCAACGGCUUUCAGGAAGUUUACGCUGAUUUCUCAUUCGGUCCGCGCUAUGACAAGAUGGACCCGAGCAAAUUGGAAGUGUUCAGCACGCUCAAGGAAGUCACCGGCUACGUCAACAUCCAGGCUUCGCACCCAAACUUCACCUCGCUGUCUUACUUUCGGAACCUUGAGGUCAUCGGGGGUCGGACGCUGACAGAGUAUUUCGCCGCCUUAUACAUCGUGAAGAGUUCGCUGAAGUCCCUCAACCUACGAAGCCUGAAGAAGAUCCGCUCGGGCAGUAUCGCCAUCCUGGAGAACAAGGAUUUGUGCUUUGCCGACAGUGUCGACUGGUACCAGGUCAUGAAGUCCAGCGCCCACAACGUGCUGCUUCAGCGGAACGCAGACAAGGCCGACUGCGAGGCACAAAAGCUUGUAUGUCACCCCCAGUGCUCCUCAAGUGGUUGUUGGGGCCCAGCACCAAAUGAGUGCCUUUCGUGUAAAUCAUACCGGCUGGAUGACACCUGCAUUGAUAAGUGUGACACGUCCAAAGGCAUCUACGAUGAUGGGAACUUUGUGUGCAAGCACUGCCAUGAGGAAUGUCUUGGCGAAUGUUCUGGUCCCGGAGCUGGCAAUUGCAGCCAAUGUCGACAUGUUCGUGAUGGACCUUACUGUGUCAAGGAGUGCCCUGAAUCAAAGUACAAUCAGUCAGGCUUCUGUAUGCCCUGCCAUGAGAACUGUGUUGGAGGAUGCACUGGACCAAACAACACUGUCGGACCUGAUGCCUGCAAUUCCUGUGAGAAGGCAAUCGUCAGUGCUUACGACCCAAAUGUUGUGGAGCAGUGCCUGAAAGCGGAUGAGGCCUGUCCGGACGGAUUCUACCACGAAUACUUCGGUCCACAGGAGGAGGGAGCUCUGAAGUCCUUGACGGGAAAAUCGGUCUGCCGCAAGUGCCACCAGCGUUGCAAGAACUGCACCUCUUAUUCCAUCCACGUUUCGGUCUGCGAGUGCCUGCACUACAGCAGUGGAGAGCAGUGUGAAGAUCGUUGCCAAAGAGACCACUUUCCCGACGAGGCCAACCGGCGGUGCCUGCGGUGUCAUGAUGAGUGUCGAGGCUGCUAUGGACCCACGGCAGCCCAUUGCACCAAUUGCCGCAACUUCCGCAUCUAUGACUCUGAAAACCGCACUCAGUUCAACUGCACUGCCACCUGUCCUCCGGAGAAGCCAUACAAAGUCUUCGAUGACACUACGACUAAGGACCCACACUGCUCCGAUGAAGAUCCCAACCAGAUGGCUCUGCAUGGCAGGACGGAGGAAGACCACCUUCCUGCAAUUCUUGCCAGUGCCGGCGGCUGCAUCUUGUUGCUGGGUAUUUUCUUGGCCGUUUUCAGCUACCACUGGUUCCAGAGAGCCAAAACCAAGGAGAACACUGUCAAAAUGACCAUGCGGAUGAGUGGUUUUGAAGACAAUGAGCCUCUGAAGCCAACAGACAUCAAACCCAACCUUGCCCAGCUAAGGAUUGUGAAGGAAGCCGAACUUCGUAAAGGUGGAAUCCUUGGCUAUGGAGCCUUUGGUACAGUCUACAAGGGUGUUUGGGUGCCUGAGGGGGAAAAUGUCAGAAUACCUGUUGCCAUCAAGGUUCUUCGUGAAGACACGGCACCCAACACGAACAAGGAGUUUUUGGAAGAGGCGUACAUAAUGGCGAGUGUGGACCACCCCAACGUUCUGAAGCUGCUCGCAGUUUGUCUGACAUCACAGUUGAUGCUGGUCACACAGCUGAUGCCUCUUGGCUGCCUGCUCGACUAUGUUCGCAACAACCGUGACAAGAUUGGCUCCAAGCCAUUGCUGAAUUGGUGCACUCAGAUUGCACGGGGUAUGGCCUACCUGGAGGAGAAGCGUAUGGUUCAUCGUGACCUCGCCCUGAGAAAUGUCUUGCUUCAAACACCUGGCUGUGUGAAAAUAACCGACUUCGGUUUGGCAAAGCUGCUCGACAACAAUGAGUUUGAGUAUAAGGCAGCUGGCGGCAAGAUGCCCAUCAAAUGGCUGGCGUUGGAGUGCAUACAACACCGCAUCUUCACGCACAAGAGUGAUGUCUGGGCAUUUGGUGUGACUGUUUGGGAGCUUCUCACGUACGGCAUGCGACCCUAUGAAAAUGUCUCUGCACGAGAUGUGCCCGAUCUGCUUGAGAAGGGAGAGAGGCUCAACCAGCCAUCGAUUUGCACCAUCGAUGUCUACAUGAUCAUGAUCAAGUGCUGGAUGCUUGAUGCUGGAUCACGUCCCUCCUUCAAAGAACUGGCCGAAGAGUUUGCCAAAAUGGCCCGCGAUCCAGGGCGUUACCUGGUCGUUCCCGGUGACAAGUUGAUGCGCCUACCAAGCUACACUCCACAGGAUGAGAAAGAACUCAUCCGGAACCUGAGCAUGCCCAUGGAAGGUUCGGAGGUCAUCAUGGAUGCUGAGGAGUACCUACAGCCUAGGGCUCAGCCGAGCAUGAUCGUAGGUGCCGAGCAGGCUCCACCACCUACACCAAUCAAGAAAUUCAUGGAUGACCGUGGAUUCGAGGAGGAUCCGACUGUUGGAGUUCCAAACCCAGUGGAGUUCUUCCCUGCCAACAUGGUUCCACAUCCUGACAUGAAUGGGGGCUGCCAUGCCAAUGGUAUGAACCCUCGGUGCCGAGAAAACAGCGUCAACCAGCGCUACUGCUCUGACCCGCUAAAGCUUCUUGGAAAAGAUGCCGAGGAAGGAGAUGAUGACGCCUUCAUGCACAAUGCGGCGACGCUUCCCAAGGGAACCAAGCCAAGUGACAUGCGCAUGUCCCUGCCUGUGGAUGAGGACGACUACCUGAUGCCUUCACCACGAUCCAAGGGCCUCUCCACCACCUACAUGGACUUGAUUGGGGACAGUCGUUACUCAAACGGUGUUGAUGGUCUUGAUCCUCGUCUUCAAGGCUACGGAGGCUUCAUGCCCGACUUUGUUCCUCCCAACGGCCAGGCACCACUGCAGGGCGUCGACAACAUUGAGUACCACCUCAUGAACAACCGAAACGGGCCGGCUCAUCCGUUGGCAAUGCAAAUGCCUCGUGACCCAGGUCCCCAGUACGUCAAUACCUGCCCCUUAGGUUCUCCGAACACGGUGGUUCCUCCUCAGCAGCCCGGUGUGGUGACUCGCAAACAGCACAGUUCCGAUGAGGACACCGACGACCACGAGUAUUACAAUGACUACGACAGGCUCAAGCGUGAACUGCAGCCGCUCAACCACCGUAGCCGGAGUGAAACGACGGUUUAGUGACAAUGCUUCAAGCGGUGUGCGGGACAGAAACUUGUCGCUGCAGUCGUCUCCAGUUGUAGCCAGGCUGGCUGUGGGAAAGCUGCCGCGCCUCCUUGCAUGUUGAGGAGGUAGACUCGGUGAAGUCAAGGUGCCGGUGCUGGUAUGACAUGCAGACAACAACCAAAGUUGAUGCACGGAGGGCAGCUGAGAAUUUGCUAGUUCAAAUAUGGCUUCACCAUUAUUUAACUUCACAUAUGUAGUCUAUGUCGCAGGCAAAAUUUGGAAUGUGCAUACCUCUUUUGUCAAGACUUUGUAUCUCUUAUGAUAUUCAUUGCAGCCUAGUUUGAAUCAUGAGAAAAAGAAUAGUAGCUUAGAGAGUCAUUAUCAAUUAAAUUUGAGAAUUAACUCAAAUCAUUGUUACCAAAACACUAUGACAUUUAUCACCAAGUGGCAGAGAGCAACUUCACCAUUCUUCUAAAAGAAGUCUUUUGAAACUGCAGCUGUCAGUAGAACACGGAAAAAAAUCUUCAUGCGAAGCAUUGAGUGAUCUCAGUCGUGUCUCCUGACAAAAGGUUUUCCAUUUGAAAGCAGCCAGCAGUGCACAAUGAGGGGUUCUGCAUUCGGGUGAACUUCUUGCAUUUUGUUUCGACGCUAGCACCUUUCGUUGCCUCCUGCUUCUGGUCACGUCAAGUCACAUCGUCGAGGCUUCAGUAGUGAAUACAGACUGUGACCGGUGUCGACUGUGGGUUAUAUCAACCGAAGACUCUGGAGAGGCAAACGAAGACGCGUCACUGUGGGACCAGUUAUCAUUUCCAGGAACUUGAUAUUUCCCAUGUGCUAUUUAUUUUCGUGGAACACACACGAGACUGUGAAAAUGGAGCCAGGUGUCUUCAUUCAGGACAGUGCUUCCUUUCGAAAAGGUCACUAAAGUUCAGUGCAGUUUGAUGUACAUAGUAUACAUAACGCUCCUGUUUUUUUUUUUUUUCUGUUUCUUGGAAGUGCAUAUUUUUUUUUUUUUGUGAGCUGUGCCCAAAACAUUGCCACUGUAGUCUUUUAUGUGCCCCCCCUUUUUUUGCGUCAACUGCCACAUUGUGCUACUAAGGAGAGCCGUUGUGCCUACUGCCAUCCUGAAAUUACUGAACUGUCUUUCUCGUUCCUUGUGGCUUGAUUAGCGUAUUGAUGUCUUCCGUGCCUAACGACAUCAGCGGGUGCAUGUAAUGCGUAAGCUUUCAGUAUUACAACUCAUCCGAGUGCCAUAAGACAUUGCUAUCACUUCACUGACUCGUGCAACAAUAAUUGGUUGGCUCAUCGGUUUCGUAUCAACGUGAAGAUAGCUUUUUAUGUGUUGUCAAGUUUUUAUGAGUACAUGUUUGGCAAGGCCUUAGUAGAGCCUGCAUUUACAAGCACUUUAAAUAUCUGUGCAGAAAGUAUGCGUGCAUGUGUGCAAAUAUUGGUCUCUAUUGGGGUCAAAUUGAAAAUGAUGUCCUUGCAUGCACUAUUGAAAACUCUAGCAGGGUUUGGUUUUUAUUUACUUUCAUGGAACAUACCUGGUGAUUACUACUCAAGCAGCUAAAGAGCAUGCUUGAAUCACUCCACUGGUUGUGAACGUCUGUAAAGAGUGCAGAGGGCGACUCAUUUUUACUUUUCAGUUACACUUAAUACAGUCAUGGUACACUUUAAAAAUCUGAGAUUGUGUUAAAUUGUGCCUUUUUUUUUGUUCUAUACACACACACAUCUUUAAAACUCCUGUUGCAUGUGAUGCUGAAAUUGUUGCCAGAGUUUUACAAAUAAUGGCUCCUGCAAGCAAAGGAGCAUAAUUGUUGCUUUAAGACUUUCUUUUUUUAUGCUGAAUCAUUCCAAGUAAAGUACAACAGAAUAGGGCGAAUUUCUAGGAGGGACCAAAAUCAUUUCAGCACAGCAUUCUUGUCGGCAGCAAGAGGUCAAUGCUAUCGCCGUCAGUUUUCCUUUAAGGGGCAAACUAAAUUCAUUGUAACCUAGACUCAUGCCCCACUCUGCCUCAUGUUCAUUGUAACAGCAUUUGACUUGCCACAAUAAUUUUUUUAUGUUUACCUGUAUAUACGUACAUUUUAAAGCUUCUUAACCAGCUUCAACAGAACAGCUCUACCGAAUAAGCUCACCUCAUUAGGCCCAGCUAAGCUGUACGUUUCUGCAUGUCAUGUAUGUAUUGUACAAAGUGUGUUUUACCAAUGCGUGUCAACUUCAAGUUUUACAUAGUCCUGUUAGGAGCAGUUAAGGGCAAAUUCCUAGUGUGACUGCUCCACACGUGGGGUACCUCUGAAGAGUGGAAAUUUUUAAAGAUGAGAGUUGUAUUUGCUAUAUGGUACAUUAAUAAAAUUACUUGUCCAAUAAA